CUUCUUCUUCUUUUUUUUUUUUUUUUCCUGCCAAACAGAUAGAUAGAUGGGGUUGGAGUCCAUCCUGUAUCAGUAAAAUUUAGACUUUCAACUCAUAGAUAAAUUUAGAUUGGCCCCCUUAAUCAUGGUGGAACUGUGGAAGGGGAGGGAGAGAGAUAAAUAGACCAAACGCGGAGAGAGAGGGGGGGAGGGAGCUCUGCUUGCUAUCUCCAUAUCCUCUGUUUUUUGUUGUUUGCAGGGGAGGGGGGAGGAGACCCACUUGAAGCUGCUUAGCAUUGCAAGCAAGCAUUGGAUCCACUCGAAGCUUUUCAGCAUAAACCCAGUGGUAGUUCUUCUGUGUCUGCUCCGGCGGUGGGUUCCGAUGAUGGAGAAAAAACCAAUCUUGUCGCCGCCGCCGCCGCAGCACCAGAGCUCAUGGCUGUUCUACAUCGUGCAGUGGCGGUUGGCGGUUCUGACAACGUUCGUCUUCCUGGGCAUGUUGGUGGUUUGGAGAAUCGACGAUUGUAAGGUCAGGUGCUUCGUCGAUGCAUGGAGGCCCAAGCAGGACUUUGCCCCCAUGAGUGUCCCUCCCAAACAGAUAGAUAGAUGGGGUUGGAGUCCCCCUGAUCUCAUCGUCAUCCAUCAGAAUGAAACCCCAAUCUAUCCCGGGUCGCCCUCGAAUGCAACCCAGGUUUCAGUUAGUUUGCCCAGCGCCGCGGUUAAUCUGACCGGGGAUUUCUCGGUUUUGGGCUCUCCUAAUCCCCAGAACUGGACUUCCGAUGAGGUUUCUUGGGUUUCGACACAGCUAGGGCCUGAUUUCUCAUUGAACCUCCUUGCGCGGUGGCUGGCCCCAGGGGGUGAGCCCUGCCGUGAAUCGAAGACGGAGCAGAUCACGAUCCCGGGACUGGAUGGUCAGGAAUUGAUUGAGCUGUCAGCUGGCAAAGUUCAUGAGUUCCCUUUCAUGGCGCUGGACUCAUCUGGGAACCCCAGGUGCCUUGGAGGUGACUACUAUGAAGCUGAUCUCUCGGGGGAAUCUUGGAAAUCGAGGCCGCUUGUGAAGGACUUCGGGAAUGGAUCCUACUCGAUCUCCCUUCAAGUCCAUCCUGACUUCACAGGGGAUUACAACCUGACAAUUAUCUUGCUCUACCGCCACUUUGAGGGCCUCAAGUUCUCUCCACCUCGGUUUGUGAUUGAUCGACAACUGAGGAGCAUCCGUAUCAGGUUUCAAAGGUCCCAAGCAGUGCUGCCUGAGCUGCAUUACUGUAAAUCCUCAGACUUCUCCAGGGAUGUCUGGGUCGGGAGAUGGACCCGCCAUGGGAAGAACGAGGACUGCAACAUCGGCCACGAUGGACGGUACCGGUGCCUCGCCCCAGAUUUCCCCUGCCAAGUCCCAUGGUGCAAUGGCUCUUUAGGUGCAUUGGAGAGCAAUGGCUGGGUUUACUCUGCACACUGUUCUUUUCGGCUGUUCUCUUCUGAUCCUGCAUGGAACUGUUUGAAGAACCGCUGGAUCUUCUUCUGGGGCGACUCCAACCAUGUGGAUACGAUCAGGAACAUCCUCAACUUCAUCCUCGGCCAUCCUGAGAUCCCUGCAGUCCCUCGGAGGUUUGACUUGAACUUCACAAACCCGCAUGAUCCAUCCCAGUCGGUCAGGAUAACAAGCAUAUUCAAUGGUCACUCCAACAUGACGAUGAACUACGAGGGGUUGGAUUCUCUGAAAAACGCAGCGUUCCAGAACCUUUUGAAGAAGUAUUUCUCUGAGGAUACUGUUCCGGACACGAUCAUCAUGAACUCGGGCCUUCACGACGGGGUCCAUUUUCAUAACAUAAGGGGCUUUACCAGUGCGGCCAAGUACACGGCGUCGUUCUGGACGGAUGUGAUGGAGUCAGUGAGACGCAGACGGUUAAAGUUGCCGAGGAUAUUCUAUCGGACUACUGUGGCGACGGGUGGAUACGCUCGAAGUCUGGGGUUCAACCCAAGCAAGAUGGAGGCCUUCAACGGGAUUGCAAUCGAUCAGUUAAGGCAGGCAGGGCUACUCUCAGGCGUGAUCGAUAACUUUGACAUGACCUUCCCAUGGCAUUAUGAUAACAGGUGCAAUGACGGGGUCCACUACGGGCGGGCUCCAGAGAAGAAGAGGUGGCGGGAUGGGGAGAUUGGACACCAAUACUUCGUAGACCUCAUGCUUGCCCAUGUACUGCUCAAUUUGCUGUGUUCGAGGUAGCAGGAUCGGCUUCAUUCUGCCUCAUUUUUGCUUCGGACUUAGGAAGAGCGGUCAUCGGAUUGAUAUAGUCCUGUUCAUUGGGGUGCUGUAGAUUUCGCUCAUUGGCGGUUCUGAUGGGAGGGGGAUUCUUGAGAGUUUGAGGUUGAGGAUGCAGAUGCUCGUGCGGUAUUUAUCACUUUCAGCAGCAGUAGCUUUAGGCAUUUCCAUUAUUUUUUUCCAUAGUACAGAUAUAUUGUUACAUACAAUGCUUGUAUAGGAUCAGCGAUGGUGAAUAUAUUCUUUUGUUCUAAGUUUUCUGCAAUUACUAGCGCUAUGAGUUUUGUUUAUAA